AUGGCUGAGUCAAAUAAAGCUGGAGAAAUUUUUAAUCCAACAGGUAAUCAUCAACACAUUAGAUAUAAUCCAUUAAAAGGCGAAUGGGUAUUGGUGUCACCUCAUAGAAUGAAGAGACCUUGGGGUGGUCAAGUAGAACCUUCUAACGAUGCAGAGAUUCCCGAGUAUGAUCCAACUAAUCCGUUGUGCCCGGGAAAUCCUCGAGUUGAAGGCAAAGUGACACCAAAAUAUGAUCGCACAUAUUCAUUUGUCAAUGACUUUCCGGCCUUACUUGAAGAUGUGCCAGGACCAGCAGCUUCUGAUGAUGAAUUGUUUCAAAUGGCAGAAGCACGAGGAACUUGUAAAGUUAUGUGCUUUCACCCUAAAUCAAACGUUACCAUUGCUUUAAUGAAGAUUGAUGAAAUAGCUGAAGUCAUUAAACAGCAAGUGGAUUAAUGAAAUGCUAGAACUGGGGAAAAAAUGGACGUGGGUACAAAUAUUUGAGAAUCGUGGUGCAUUAAUGGGAUGCAGUAAUGCACAUCCUCAUUGUCAAAUUUGGGCAAGUUCAUUUCUACCAUUUGAAGCGAAAAGAAAAGAUCAAAAUCUUCUUGAAUAUUAUUCACGUCAUCAACGUCCGCUUUUAAUGGAUUACGUUGAAAAAGAAUUAGCUAAAAAGGAGCGCAUAGUCAUAGAAAAUCGUGACUGGGUCGUUUUGGUACCAUUCUGGGCAGUAUGGCCCUAUGAAACAAUGUUACUACCAAAGAAACAAGUCACCAGAAUUCAAGAUCUUACAGCUGAUCAACAAGAAUCGUUAGCAUGUAUCAUGAAAAGAUUGUGCACUAAAUACGAUAAUUUAUUUUUAUGCUCGUUUCCAUAUUCAAUGGGCUGGCACGGUGCACCAACUGGACCAUUAAUCAACAAUGAUUCAAAACACUGGACAUUUCACGGUAUUUAUUUGCCUCCUUUACUUCGCUCAGCCUCAAUAAAAAAGCAUAUGGUUGGUUACGAAUUAUUAGCGCAAGCCCAGCGAGAUUUAACGCCUGAACAAGCUGCUGAUAAAUUACGUAGUUUAUCUGAUGUUCAUUAUCGAUAUCCAGAGACUAGUUUAACUCCUGAUUUAAUAGCCAAAUAUCACUAA